AAGGAUCAACAUCAUUCCCACAUUUGAUUUUGUGGGUGGAUAAAGGUCCUCGCGGGAGACGCCUACGACGAUAGAAAAAUUCGCUGAAAGAGACUUAUUCGCGAAGAACUAUUUAAUUUCGAAAUUUAUUGUUGAACGUACGCGGCGUUCGCGAGAAUUAGUGAGACAUACAAAAUGGCCGACAUGGACUGCAUUAUCGGGAAAUGGAAGAUGGUCAGCAGCGAGAACUUUGACGACUACAUGAAAGCGUUGGGAGUUGGAAUAGUUCUUCGGAAUUUGGCGAACGUCGCGACGCCGACUAUCGAAUUCUCCAAGGGAGACGACGACACGUGGACUAUGACGACAUCUGCGACAUUCCGAACAGUGGAGAUUAAGUUCAAGUUGAACGAAGAGUUCGAAGAGGUCACUGGUGAUGGAAGAAAGUGUGCGACGACUUUCUCAUUCGAAAACGGAGUUUUGACGCAGAAACAAGUGGGAAAAGACGGCUCGAAAAACAGCGAACUCAUCAGAACAUUCAAAGGCGACGACCUGACAACGGUAAUU